UCUCUGUCUCACUUGAUUUUCACCAGAGUCCAACGUCGUCUUCCCUCUUCUCCCUCUCCGGCUUACUGUGAAAAAACAAAGUGUUUCGGCGAACUUGUCCACCGCCGAUGCAACCUCCUCCACAACCUCUCUGAUUCACCUCCACUAAAUUCCUUCACUGCCUCCGUUAUCGAAAUCUCUUCUUCCCCGAGGUCAGCUUUGCAUUAUUGCAUUAGCUUGAUUUCUCAAGUAAUAGACGAGGUUAACAUGCAAACUGAGGAUGGAAGUUCUCACUUGGAUGCUCUCCAACGUGUUUGAUAAGAGCUGGCAAUGCGUGUGGUUGCCGUAAAUCUGCCAUUUCUAUACCAAGGAGCUUGUUUUUGCUGAGGCAUUGGAGAGUGAGCGUGGGAUUCUAAAGUCUCAGGCUCGACGCAUCUGUAGAUGAACCAGUGGCUCACGCUGGUUGAUUAGAGUGCCCCAUCAUUAUAUUUUGUUAUUGGAAGAGGAAUACCGAUUUCUCUUGUUAGCUAAUGUGUUAGUCUCAUUUACUUACAGUCAGACGAACUUGCUGAGAACCGAAGCAAAUGUGUACAAUUUUCGAUACAGUUAGCAAGAAUUGAGAAAGAAAAAAACUCUUUCAUUCGCAUAUAUGAGUUUGCCUGAACUGGAGGAUC